GGCGACCCCAGCCCCAUGGCGAGCCCGGCCGCGCCCGCCACCGACGAGCUGCCUGGUCCUGCACGGCGCCUCUACUCCAGGAUGGAGGCUUCGUGCCUGGAGCUGGCCCUGGAGGGCGAGCGUCUCUGUAAGGCCGGGGACUUCAAGGCGGGCGUGGCCUUCUUCGAGGCCGCCGUGCAGGUGGGCACCGAGGACCUGAAGACACUGAGCGCCAUCUACAGCCAGCUGGGCAAUGCCUACUUCUACCUGAAGGAGUACGCCCGGGCGCUGGACUACCACAGGCACGACCUGCUGCUGGCCCGGACCAUCGGUGACCGCAUGGGGGAGGCGAAGGCCAGUGGGAACCUGGGCAACACACUCAAGGUCCUGGGCCGCUUCGACGAGGCCGUUGUCUGCUGCCAGCGGCACCUGGACAUCGCCCAGGAGCAGGGGGACAAGGUGGGGGAGGCGAGGGCGCUCUACAACAUCGGGAACGUGUACCACGCCAAGGGCAAGCAGCUGUCCUGGAACGCCGCGCAGGACCCCGGGCACCUGCCGCCCGACGCCCGCGAGGCACUGCGCAGGGCCUCCGAGUUCUAUGAGAGGAACCUGUCCCUGGUGAAGGAGCUGGGGGACCGGGCGGCCCAGGGCAGGGCCUACGGCAACCUGGGCAACACCCACUACCUGCUAGGGAGCUUCGUGGAGGCCACGACCUUCCACAAGGAGCGCCUGGCCAUUGCUAAGGAGUUUGGAGACAAGGCUGCUGAGAGGAGAGCCUACAGCAACCUGGGGAAUGCCCACAUCUUCCUGGGGCGCUUUGACGUGGCCGCCGAGUACUACAAGAAGACGCUGCAGCUGUCGCGGCAGCUCCAGGACCAGGCGGUGGAGGCGCAGGCCUGCUACAGCCUGGGCAACACCUACACGCUGCUGCAGGACUACGAGCGGGCCGCCGAGUACCACCUGCGGCACCUUCUCAUCGCCCAGGAGCUGGCCGACAGAGUGGGUGAGGGCCGGGCGUGCUGGAGUCUGGGGAACGCCUACGUGUCCAUGGGGAGCCCAGCGCAGGCCCUGACCUUCGCCAAGAAGCACCUGGAGAUCUCCCAGGAGAUCGGGGACCGCAACGGGGAGCUCACGGCCCGCAUGAACGUGACGCAGCUGCAGCUGGCGCUGGGCCGGCUGACCAGCCCAGCGGCCACGGAGAAGCCCGACCUGGCUGGCUACGAGGCCCAAGGGGCCAGGCCCAAGAGGACGCAGAGGCUGAGUGCGGAGACCUGGGACCUGCUGAGGCUCCCCCUGGAGAGGGAGCAGAAUGGAGACAGCCACCAUGCGGGGGACUGGCGGGGGCCGUGCAGGGACCUGCUCCCCCUCCCCGUGAGGAGCAGGAAGUACCAGGAAGGGCCAGACGCCACUGAAAGGAGGCCCCGGGAGGGCGGCCACCCCCUGCUGGACAGUGCGGACGUCCGGGUGCAAGUGCCUCGCACGAGCAUCCCUCGGGCCCCAUCCUCUGACGAGGAGUGCUUCUUUGACCUGCUGAGCAAGUUCCAGAGCAGCCGCAUGGACGACCAGCGCUGUCCCCUGGAGGAGGGCCAGCCCGGGGCCGCCGAGGCCACUGCCGCCCCCAGCCUGGAGGAGAGGAUCGCCCAGCCCUCGCUGACAGCCUCCCCCCAAACCGAGGAGUUCUUCGACCUCAUCGCCAGCUCCCAGAGCCGCCGGCUGGACGACCAGCGGGCCAGCGUGGGCAGCCUGCCCGGACUGCGUAUCACCCACAACAACCUGGGGCACCUGCGCGGCGAUGGGGACCCCCAGGAGCCGGGGGACGACUUCUUCAACAUGCUCAUCAAGUGCCAGUCCUCCAGGAUAGACGACCAGCGCUGCCCACCACCUGACGUGCUGCCCCGCGGCCCCACCAUGCCCGACGAGGACUUCUUCAGCCUCAUCCAGAGGGUGCAGGCCAAGCGCAUGGACGAGCAGCGGGUGGACCUCGCCGGGAGCCCGGAGCAGGAGGUGGGCGGGCCAUCUGAGCCCCGGCAACAGUGCCAGCCUGGUGCCAGCUAAAGCCUCACACCCACAGCCAGGCCCGCCCCAACUCCUGGACGCCAGGGGGCGUCUCACCACCGUCCAGGAUGCCAUGGCCCCCCAAGAAGCCGAAUCCUCCCGGGGCCAUGGCUGAGGGCAGGCUCUGAGGCCCCCGGCCCUUUCCACUGAGCCCGACGCUGGGCACACAGCCGCCAUGCGUCCCCCUCCCCAGGGCGGCAGGCCCAGCAGCUCUGGAGAGCCUUUUCUGGGGA